GGUGUGAGCAUUGCGGCUUCCGUAGCUCGCUCAGGACGGUAGGAGGCCGGACAAGAUGGCGGUGAUUAUCCUCUGCAGGGCGGCUGGCGGCCGGGCAAUGUCACGGCCCCAGAUUUCAUCCUUGGCAGCGUCCGUCCCGGUUAUCCUGCAGCAGCGUAAUGUCCAUCAUGCGGUCGUUCCACAUGGUAAACCAGGGCGCUCUGCAGUUAGCGGUGUGGUGGCCACAGUCUUUGGAGCCACAGGGUUCCUGGGCCGAUAUGUUGUCAACAGGCUUGGGCGCAUCGGCUCCCAGGUUGUAAUACCCUAUCGCUGUGACGAGUAUGAUAUGAUGUAUCUGCGGCCCAUGGGGGAUCUCGGACAACUACAAUUUAUGGAAUGGAACUCGAGAGACAAAGAAUCUACCAGACAAGCCCUCCAGCACUCCGAUGUAGUCAUUAAUCUUGUGGGGAGAGAAUGGGAGACCAGCAACUACAGUUUUGAAGAUGUGUUUGUAAAUAUCCCUAAAAACAUUGCUCAGUUAGCUAAGGAGGCCGGAGUGGAAAAGUUCAUCCAUGUGUCCCACUUGAAUGCUGACAUCAAGAGCCCCUCCAAAUACCUGAGAAACAAGGCAAUUGGAGAUGAGGCAGUGCGAGAGGUCUUCCCGGGAGCCAUUAUCGUUAAACCCUCAGAAAUAUUCGGUCGGGAAGACAGUUUCCUGAACUAUUACGCAAACAUGCGCUGGUUUGGUGGAGUGCCAUUAAUAUCUUCUGGCAAGAAGACAGUAAAGCAACCUGUUUAUGUAUCCGAUGUUGCCAGAGCUAUUGUGAAUAUCACCAAAGACCCCGACUCGGUGGGAAAGACCUAUGCCCUUGCUGGACCUAACCGAUAUCUCCUGCAAGACAUGGUACGAUAUAUAUUUGCCGUUGCUCACAGACCUUUUUUCGCGUAUCCGUUGCCUCGCCCUGUCUACUACUGGCUUAUAAAGGGCUUUGAACUGAAUCCAUUUGACAAGUGGACAUCAAGGGACAAAGUGGAUCGGUUCCACACUACAGACAAGAAAUUCCCUGAUCUCCCGGGCCUGGAAGAUCUCGAUAUCUUCCCCACUCCACUCGAGCAGAAAGCCAUUGAGGUCCUACGCCGUCAUCGUAAAUACCGUUGGUUGGAUGCUGAUUUGGACGUGACAAAGCCAGCCACACCUGUGAACUAUUAAUGUCCUCUGCUGCCCAUUUCUGAGUAAAUGACUGCGUUCAUGCCAGCUGUUCUUCAUAUGGUGUGUAAAGUCUGAUGUGUAUAUAAAUAAAAUAUUCUAUAGA